GCAAAAGUCCCAACGAAAAUUCAAGCGAAAGUCCAAACGAAAGUUUUAAGCGAAAAUGCAAAUAAUAGAAACAUAAGUAUUAGAAAAAAAAAAAAAAAGGAAAGAAAAAGGGAGAAUGAAAGAAAGAUAGAUAAAAAAGGUAAGAUGAAAAAAGAAAAAAUGAAAAAAAGAGCAAAAGAAAAAAAAUGGAAACCUGAAAGAAAG